AAGGCGCACAGCGACCGGGCUCGCUCCGCGGGAGACGACGACGAAAAAGCCACGGGCCGGCCUGGCCGCGGCGCCGCCCGCCUUCCAGAUUGAAAAGAAAUGCUAAGAAAUAAAGCUUUCUUCUUCUGCCUUGGAUAUUUAUAAUGGGUAUCGGAAAGUCUAAAAUACAUCCCUGCCCUCUUUCUCUCUCUUGGGGUAGAAGCCACAGCGUGGAUACAAGUGAAGGACAUCAUGAGUCAGAUUCCAAGAAGUCGGAAGAUGUGUCCUUGUGUGAUGUCGCUGAGCGAAGCAGCACAACAGAGGAGCCAGCAAGAAAGUGGGAGGGAGCUGAGAGAGCGGAAGACAGGCCUGAAGAGGAGGCAGGAGAGGAGUUCCUCAAAUUUGUGAUAUUGCACGCGGAAGAUGACACCAAGGAAGCCCUCAGAGUCCAGAAUCUGCUAGAAAACGACUUUGGUGUCAAACCUGGCAUAAUCUUUGCUGAGAUGCCAUGUGGCAGACAGCAUUUACAGAAUUUAGAUGAUGCUGUAAAUGGGUCCGCAUGGACAAUCUUAUUAUUGACUGAAAACUUUUUAAGAGAUACCUGGUGUAGUUUCCAGUUCUAUACGUCCCUGAUGAACUCCGUUAACAGGCAGCACAAAUACAACUCUGUCAUACCCAUGCGGCCACUGAACAAUCCCCUUCCCCGCGACAGGACUCCUUUUGUUCUGCAAACCAUCAAUGCCUUAGAGGAAGAAAGUCGAGGCUUUCCUACACAAGUAGAAAGAAUUUUUCAGGACUCUGUGUAUAAGACACAACAAACUAUAUGGAAAGAGACGAGAAAUAUGGUACAAAGACAAUUUAUUGCCUGAGAUGAAAACACAAUGCAGGGCUGGCCCCUGUUUUGUAAGCCAAAUGAUUAAUCUGCACUUGAGAAAGCAAUUUCUAGGAAAUGUUUAAAUAAAAGAAAGCCUUUUUUUUUUUUUUUUUUUUUUUUUUAAUGACAAAGCUUCCUCCAGAAAAUAGAGAGCCUUAUUCUUAUAGAAACCUAUGGAGCACAAGAAAGAUAAAUUUCUGCAGGACAGUUCAUAGAAUUGUGGUACUUUUUGAUGUUUCAGUAAACUCGAGAUUGUCAGAGUUUCAAGAACUUUUCUCUCACAGUAUUCCUAUUUCAUGGAUAUGACAAAGGAUAUUCUCAAUUCUAUUCCUUGUAUUGAACCUUGAACAAAAACUUGUAUGAUAGUCAUUUUAAAAAUAUGAAAGAGAUAACACUUUCAUGCUCUGACUUUUGUUGUCAAAGGACACAGAAGAAAAUGACCCCAAGAGAUCUGACCACCCUCUCUCUUGAGGCACCUCUCAAGAACGUUGCAGUAAAGCAUUGUGGGCAUUGUCCCGCAGAAACAGGGACUACCAGAAUAGAAAAUUUAGAAUGUUGAGUGCUGAUGAAUAUGAAAUCAGAAAUAGAUGUGAAAAUAGUGGGUCGUUUUAAAAUAAUCCAGUCAAACGUGUUUUCUUUUCUGCUGGAAUUUGCAUAUUUGGAGCCAGUUCCCACCACUGAUUUGAAGCCCUUUUGAUAGUGUGUGAUUAGGGACUGCAUGGAGUGGUGCUGAGAUGCCCACUGGAGCACAAAGCUCUCCGUGUUAGUCAUCGUCUGUAACCAGGGCUUUAUUUGCAGACCUUCCGAAAGGUGGUAUGAUUGUGUGUGGUCAGAUAUUCUUGUUUAAAAUUAAUAACCUUUCUUUUGGCAGCCUUUAAAAAGUUUCUUUCACACACAAUGCUCUACCCAGUAAAUGUUUAUCAUGUAAACAUCCAGAGUAGCGCACGCGCGCAUGUGUGUGUGUGUGUGUGUGUGUGUGUGUUGUGGAUUAUUUUUAAAGACUGGGGGAGAAGAAGGAGAUGCAUUUUUAUCACUUUCUCUUCUAGUGCCCCACACUCAUAACAAGCCAGAGGCCUCAACCAAACAUAUUCCUUUCCCUCACAGUAUCUUCUGCCCAUCUGAGAUUGGGGACAGAGUGGAGAAUGAGUCAUGUUUGGAGAAUGGGCUAUGUUUAAUUAGGAAAGUUCCUGUUGGGGGUCACGGGCCCUGGUUCUGGUCUGGUCUCUGCCACGGAGGAUUGAUGUGACUGUGGGCAAGCCACUUGCCUGCCUUUAUCUGUGAAAUGAAAGGGUUGAAUUGAUGGAUCUCUAAAGGCCUUUGUCCUCUCCCAGGAUGUGAGAAACUAGGAACCAGAAAAGGGAACAAGCAAAAAAGACAGAAUCCUAUAAUGUGAUGUAUAAUAAAAUAAUAAUUGCAGAAACUUCAUAUAAGCUUACAAUGAAAGGAUAUUUUUGUAUAUUUAUAGCAUAAUUCAUUUUUAAUGUGGUCUAUUACACUUUUAUAGUCACAGAAAAAAAUGAUUAUACAUCCUUACUCAGAUUUUUUAAAAAUACAUUUGUUAUAGGUACCCUGAGCAAAGACAUUCUACCUGACUUUUCUUUCUCCUUAUCCCCAUUUCUAUGUAUCCUCCACUAGUGCUGGGGUCUGCUCACAUCUUUUUGCAGUGCCCCUCCUCAUGGCUAUGAACCAAAAUGUUCCAUGAGGAAUUUGCAAGUGAAUCAAGCCGCCUCCUCUAUAGCACUUAUCAGAGGAGGAGAUUGCUUUCAUUGCACGGUGACAUUUUCUUAACCUAAAAUUCCUUUCCAUCAUAGUAGCUUACUGUUCACUUUUCUUUUUCUGUUAAUAAAAGUAUUCAUUCUUUUUGCCAUAAUGCUUCCUGUAUCUCAGAUUUCAUAUACUAAUAAAACAUUAGCCACCCACCCUUUGUGCCUACCAAACUUGGAUAAAUUGAUGCUGGUGGUAUUUUUUCAAUAAAUGUUUUCAUCCUUUACCAUUGACUAAACUUAGUUAUUUCUAACUCCAAUGAAGAUUGUGAAAAAGUGUUUUGAAAAGAAGCGUGAAUCUGUCGAUUUGGAGUUCAAUAUAUUUCUUUAUGAUGAAAAAAAUGUUAAGUGCUGGGUAACAGUAGAUGUUGAAAUUAACAAUUGUAACAGGGAUUAUCAAAACUGAAAAUGUAAAGAGAGGUAAAAGUGUGGGCUUAGUCAUGUGUUUGUGUGUAUGUGUGCUUAUGUGCACACAUGUAGAUAUAGAUACAUACAAAGGGAAAUUCUGGGAAAUUUUGCCUCAGGCUAGGGAGCUUCCAUAUCCUCAGUGUGUCUUAUUGCCCACCCUGGAGCAUCACACAGAAUAAUUUGAGCUGUGCCUUAUGUCACUUAGGAAAACCCAAUGCCACAUGGCCUAAACCAUAAGAUAAAAUUAUUAUCUAUCUUAAGAGGUCCCCAAAGUAUGGUGGCUGUUUUAGUCUGUUUUGUGUUGCUAUCACAGAAAUACCUGAGGCUGGGUAAUAUAUAAAGGAAAGAGAGAGAGAGAAGGUGCCAGGGUCUUUUUAAGCAACAAGCUCUGGUGGGAACUAAUCCAGGAGAACUCAUUCAUUAAUCCCCCCUCCCCCAGGGAGAGCAUUAAUCCAUUCAUGAGGGAUCCGCCCCCAUGACUCAAUCAGUUUCCAACACCCCCCACAUUGGAGAUCAAGUUUCCACAUGAGUUUUGGAGGGGACAACACAUCCAAACUCCAUUGGCUUAAGGGUGUUGUUAAAAACCCAGGUUCAGGGCGGGCCCGUGGCUCACUUGGGAGAGUGCAGUGCUGAUAACACCAAGGCCAUGGGUUCAGAUCUCUAUAUAGCAAUGGCCACUUGGCUCACUGGGUGACUGACACCACCAAGUCAAGGGUUAAGAUCCCUUUACUGGCCAUCUUUUAAUAAAAAACAAACAAAAAAACCCCAGGUUCUUACAUACGACAGAAUAUUAUUUAGCCUUAAAAAGGAAUAAAAUCCUGAUGCAUGCUACAGCAUGGACGAACUUUGAAAACAUUAUGCUGAAUAAAAUAAGCCAGACACAAAAGGACAAAUAUAUGAUUCCACUUAUAUGAGACACAAGUCAUAGAGACAUGAAUUAUAGAGGUUACCAGAGGCUGGGGGAGGGAGGAAUAGGGAGUUAUUUAAUGGGUACAGAGUUUCCUUUUGGGGUGAUGAGAAAGUUCUGUAACUGGGUAGCAUUGAUGGUGUACAACAUUGUGAAUGUACUUAAUGUCACUGGAUUGUACACUUAAAAACGGUUAAAAUGGUAAGUUUUAUGUAUAUUUUACCACAAUAAUAAUAAAAAAAUGUAAAAAACAAA